GUCAAUAUCGAGAAUUACAUUGGUUUAUACAAUGUAAAUACAAAAAUGGAAAUUAUGAAAUCUAUAUAUCAGAAAUCAGAGAAUUUUUAAAUACCACAAAAAGAAAAACAAAUUACCAUAUUGCAUUUUUUGUUUCUAAUGUAAAAUUAACUAAUUAUGCAAUUAAUGAAUUGGAAAAUUAUACUGGUGAUAAAGAUAAAAUUUGUAUUUGUUUGAUUCAAGAUUUUAUUCCAAAAGUUCAUGAAUAUGAAAAAAUGCUUGUAAAUAAUAAGAUUAAAUUAGAACAAAAAAAAACUAAAUGCUUAGAAUACGAAAUAGAAAAUAGAAUCUUAAAAAAUUAUAAUGAAAAAUUAGAAAAUACAAUUAAAGAACUAGAAAAAAAACUUGAUGAUAUUAAAAAUCAAAAUAAUUUAAUUUUAGAAAUUUUAACUAAAAAAUAA